UCAGAACCAGCUGACAGAGGGGACUGCGCUUAGGGCUGAGCUCUCGGGUUUUAAGUGGUAUAAUCAAUGGAAAUCCGCCUAUUUCUGCCCUACAAGUUGAACCUUUAACAUAUUUCUGCAGAAUUCUGCAUUCAGGGACUCUGUGAGACGCUUGUACCAUCUAGUGUAGACGUGCUUACUGAGUGGACCCCAUACCUCACUUCAUACAGUGCAAGGGAGACCAUGUCCUCUAUAAAAGUUGAGUGCGUUGUGAAGGAGCCUAGUGAGGUUGCAGAGGGUCCUGUCUGGGAGGAGAAAGAUGCCACUCUCUUGUAUGUGGAUGUCACUGGCAAGAGGAUCAGCAGGUGGAGCUCUUUGACCAAUCAAAUAGAGAGUAUGUCUACAGAGGCGUUUGUUGGCUGUGUGGUCCCACGGAGGUCAGGAGGUUACGUGACUGCAGGGGAAAAGCAGUUCGCUGCGGUGGACUGGCAGAAGCGCUCUAUCACCACCAUCGUUCACCUGGACACGGACAAGAGCAAAGCUCGCUUUAACGAUGGGAAGGUGGACCCCGCUGGCAGGUUCUUCGCAGGCACCAUGGGUCUGCCGGUUGGUCCGGCUGAGUUUGAGAAGAAGCAGGGCUCUCUGUAUAGCCUUCAAGCUGACCACUCUGUCAUUAAACACUUUGAUCAGGUGGACCUCUCCAACGGGAUGGAUUGGUCUCUGGACCAUCGCUACUUCUACUACAUAGACAGUCUGAAGUACAUGCUGGAGGCCUUCGAUUAUGAUAUGCAGACUGGAGCCAUAUCUAACAGAAGAACUGUAUACCAGCUUGAGAAAGAGGAAUGCGUUCCUGAUGGCAUGUGCAUUGAUACAGAGGGCAAACUGUGGGUGGCCUGCUUCAAUGGAGGAAGAGUGCUGCGCAUUGACCCACAAACCGGUACCAGGCUGCAGACAGUGAAGCUGCCCGUUGCAAAAACAACCUCAUGCUGUUUUGGAGGGAAAGACUACACUGACCUGUACGUCACCUCUGCUUAUAUAGGCAUGGACGAGGAGGCGCGUGCCCAACAGCCCCAAGCUGGCUGCAUUUUUAGGGUCUCUGGUUUAGGAGUGAAGGGAAUUCCUCCAAAUUCAUUUGCUGGCUGAGUCAUGAGAAUUCUGUGCACUGAACUGUUACUCAGCCAAACAGAAUCACUGCACACAUCAAACUAAUGACGGCCUGAAUUUAAUGAGUGAUAUUCUGCUUCUUUAAGAUCAUGAAUAUAUGAUAUCAUUACAGUUCUGAUUGAAUCUCAAAAGGAAGUGUUGCCUAUAACUGUAGUGUCUAUUUGUUUAACUGAUGGACGAUGAAUCCACAAUCAAGAAAUGUUUCUGAGAUACAUGUGUGAAAGCACUUUAAACCCACUAGAAUAUUAAAACAAGCAUAAUCGAGGAACAGGGUGCUAUUAAUUGUAUGUUUAGGUGCUUCUAAUUGAAAGCAUUACUAAACUAAUGCUGAGUAAUAACUGUAAAGUGAUUUCUGUUGAUGGAGUUUAUUAAGUUUUUUUAAUCUUUCCAGUUUACAUUUAGUACAGUGGUUAAAAUGUAGACACAUGUUAAGUAUGAUGUUUUAAUGCAUGCUGCAAUAAUCUUUUUAACAAUUGAAAUAAAAAAUAAACAAAAUAAAAUGA